GGCGCCUUCAUCGGUGAGAAGACCUGCGUCAUGGCGAAAACAGUCAUAGAGAAGGCCAUGCCGUAAUGGAAUCUGCAAAAUCCAGCCCAAUUUGCAACCCAAAUGCAAAUGGUUUGUCGAAUCCCCCACUCAAAUUAAAACUCUGUUUCUUGGCCCCCCUCACAGAAAUGCCAACUUCGCCAUCUCCAUCUUCAACCCCAGCAGCCGCCAAGGCAGAGUUAGAUUCGUCCAAAAUGACCAUGAAUGAAAGUGACGACGACGGCCUAGCGCUCCCCGCUUCCACCCUCGAUGCCCUGAAAGAGUUCUACGCCGAGCGCGAUGCCCGCGCAGACGAGUUCAACAAACUCAAGGUGCAGGCCGAGGCGAUCCACGCAGCCAUCGAUAAGGAUGAAAUGAAGCCUUUGUCCAUGGAUGCGUUCACGGAGGACUGGAAUGAGAGUCAGUUCUGGUAUGCUGAUGAAACCGCCGAGCUGUACACGAAGCUCAUGCUCGAGGGAGCCACGUCGGACAUGACGGUGGCGGUUGUCUCGACGCCGAGUGUGUUUGUGGCACUAAAGAAUGCCUUGAACGCUGCUCCUCCAGAACAGCCCAAGCCCAAGCUCAUCCUGCUCGAGCACGACAAGCGCUUCAACGUCUUCCCGGAAUUCGUCUACUACGACUUUGCCCAGCCGCUGAAGUUGCCAGACCACCUCAAAGGUACCUGCGACCGCAUCAUCUGCGACCCGCCAUUCCUGAGCGAAGAUUGCCAGACCAAAGCGGCGCUCACAGUCCGGUGGCUCGCACGGCCGCUCUCACCCGACACCGAGCAGCAGCAGCCGCGGCUGAUCGUGUGCACGGGCGAGCGGAUGAAGGACCUGGUGACGCGGGUGUACCGGGCGUUUGGGCUGCGCACGACCGACUACGAUCCCGUGCACGCGCGGCAGCUGGGCAACGAGUUCUACUGCUAUGCCAACUUCGAGUCGCCCAGCUGGCGAUGGCGGGAGGGGGCAUAGAGGGGCUGUGAGCCUCUGCGUUCGCAA